AUGGCGAAUCCUGCGGCUGGGAUGCCUGAUCCUCGAUUUCUGGCUGAUGUAUUCCGUCGCGUGGACAGAGAUAAUAGCGGGGCAAUAUCUGCCGAAGAACUUCGCUCGGCUUUGUCAAACGGCACGUGGACUCCCUUCAGUGCAGAGACCGUCCGCCUUAUGAUCAACAUGUUCGACCACGACCGCUCCGGCACAGUCAAUUUUAACGAGUUUUCUGCGCUUUGGAAGUAUGUAGUGGAUUGGCAAGCGUGUUUUCGUAGUUUUGACCGCGACAACUCCGGCAAUAUCGACGGUGCUGAGCUCAGGCAUGCGCUUACGACGUUCGGUUAUCGAUUUCAAGAUUCUUUCGUUGACGUUCUUGUGAGCAAGUUUGAUCGCCAAGGUCGCCGCGUGAUUUUCUUCGACGACUUUAUUCAAUGCUGCGUUAUGUUGCACAUUCUUACUGCUGCCUUCCGGCAACACGACACCGAUCUGGAUGGUGUCGUGACGAUCACCUACGAACAGUUCCUUAUGAUGUGCAUGAUGGAAAGUGAAAGACGAUGGUUCGAUGUCGCGUUGUGGACGUUCAAUCUCGGAAAUCUGCUAAUCCUCAUUGGCUUCAUGGGUUUCAAAUCGCAAGGUGGGCUUCAAUUCCUCCGCUUAAUUGCCGCCAUGGGAUUCGGUUUGCUGGCUGCAAAGAGUUGGAUUAUGAAUGAGCCUGGAGAAUAUUUGAUAAAUACUCUGUGGUGCGUUGCGUUCGCCUUGAUCAAUCCUCUGCCGACUUCAGAUGGAAGAAUUAACCGAGAAUGA